UCCCAACUGCAGCACCAGCAGUUCCUACCCAGAACCAGCAGGCCUGCUCGGUCGAUCUUCGAGUAGAGGAUGCGGCGGGGCUGGAAGAUGGCUCUGUCCGGGGGUCUAAGGUGCUGCCGCCGAGUACUUUCCUGGGUGCCGGUAAUUGUUAUCGUUCUGGUGGUGCUCUGGUCGUACUAUGCCUACGUCUUUGAACUCUGCUUGGUGACUAUUUUGAGCCCAGCAGAAAAAGUUAUCUACCUCAUAUUCUACCAUGUGAUCUUUGUGUUCUUUACCUGGUCCUACUGGAAGUCUAUUUUUACGCUCCCACAACAGCCAAACCAGAAGUUCCAUUUGUCCUAUACAGACAAGGAACGCUAUGAAAAUGAAGAGAGGCCGGAGGUCCAGAAGCAGAUCCUUGUUGAUAUGGCCAAGAAGUUACCAGUUUACACAAGAACUGGAAGCGGAGCUGUACGGUUUUGUGACCGGUGUCAUUUGAUCAAGCCAGAUCGCUGCCACCACUGCUCUGUUUGUGCUAUGUGUGUAUUAAAAAUGGACCACCACUGCCCUUGGGUCAAUAACUGCAUUGGAUUUUCCAACUACAAAUUCUUCCUUCAGUUUCUAGCUUAUUCUGUUCUCUACUGCCUGUACAUUGCUACUACAGUUUUUGGGUAUUUCAUCAAAUACUGGAAAGGAGAAUUGCCAAGUGUUCGCUCUAAGUUCCAUGUUCUUUUUCUCCUCUUCGUGGCCUGCAUGUUUUUUGUCAGCCUUGUGAUUCUCUUUGGUUACCAUUGUUGGCUUCUCAGCAGGAAUAAAACCACCUUAGAGGCCUUCUGUACUCCAGUGUUUACAAGUGGCCCAGAGAAAAAUGGGUUCAAUCUUGGCUUUAUCAAAAAUAUCCAGCAAGUGUUUGGAGAUAAUAAGAAGUUCUGGUUGAUACCUAUUGGCUCCAGCCCUGGUGAUGGACACUCCUUCCCUAUCAGGUCUGUAAAUGAGUCACAGAACCCACUGCUAGCAAAUGAAGAACCCUGGGAAGACAAUGAGGAUGACAACCAAGAUUAUCCAGAAAGUUCAUCAUCUGUUGUCAUGGAAACAGAAGCAUAGCUGUUUUCACAUAUCCAGUAUCUUUCAGACAGGACACUACAUGUCCCAUGAUUCUUACCAAGUUUCUGUUAAGAACUAUUUCAGUCAUCAAAAGAAGUCACAAUGUUGGAUUGAACCAUUUACAAUUUAAGAGUAUUCCAUUAAAUUCUUUCUGUACAGAUAGAUAUUUCAGGACUUUACAACUUAUUUCAUUUAGUGACUGAAAUUAGUCUCUUGAUU